CUGCGAAGGUGAAACAGAGUGAGGCUGAGCGAUAUUCACAGUCAGCAAAAAAAAAAAAAAAAAUCUAAAUUUCCAAAAAGAAAAAAGGUUUUCGAGAGAAAUUGUUUGUUGUUCUUGAUCUUCUUCUUGUUCUUCUUCUUCCCCCCUCUGUAAUCCCCGUUUCUCUGAAUCCCUUUCUGUUAACCAUCUGUCUUUCAGGUUUCUGAUUUUUGGGUUUGUUAGAGGUUCUCAGUCAGAUCUGCUUGGUGGUGAAUUAAUGGAAGCGCUUGAGCCUUUUAUGAAAGCUGCUUCCUCUCCCACUUGUUCUUCUUCUUCUUCCUUCACUCCUGAUUUUUCUUCUUCUUCUCCUUAUUCUUCUUCCUACACCAAUUUCUCAUUCUCUUCUCCAAUCCAGACGGAGUCCACUUCAUAUCCUUCCGAUUGCUCCUUUCCGCCGAUGACCCAUUUGUUUUCCGGCGGGUUUUCGGCCCAAAACCUCCACGGGAUGGACCAAUCGUGCUCGAUCGGGCUCAAUUACUUGACCCCAUUUCAGAUCCAACAGAUCCAGACUCAGAUCGGUCUCCAAACCCAAAUCCAGCCGAAUUGGGGACAGAUCGACCACCAA